AUGAUGAACUCGUUUGCACCAGAAUCAACAAGAAACAGCUCAACAGCUAAUGCGAGUAGUCAUUUCAAAACAACGAAUAACGAAAGUACGGUUAUUGACGUAAAAAAGAUUGAAAGAGAGAUAAACGAGAUACGGGAAAACGCUGGACAACGACCGCAUAUUGAUGAACUAGAGGCUGCAGGUCCAUUCAAUAGACUAUGGAGUGCCGUUGAGCCUCUGAUGGAUCGACUGUCUUAUUCGGUAACCUAUCCAACAUCUACAUUUAAUCAUAGCGAAGAAGAACAAGAAGAUGAAGAAAUGACUCGAAUACGAAGGGAGUUAUCUGCAGCUCUGCAUGACUGUUUACCAAGGACAAAUGAAAAAACGAACGAUGAGCGACUUGAACUGGAGGAUACUAAAAGAGAGUAUGAAGAGCUUCAGCAAAAGCUAGGACAGUUACAAAAUCAAAUUCGGAUAUUGGAAAAGAAAAAUAUGGACAAUACGGCAUUAAAAAGCAGCAUUAUUCAAUUCAAGAAUGAUGUACAUAAACAAGCCAAAUUACUCCUACAGAAUCAAGAACAUGCUUUCAUGACACGAUCUGCUAUUUCUACAGGAAGGACAGCAACAGGAGGCCAUAGUACAGCAGAGAUUAUGACCAGAAUAAAAGAAUUAGAAGAAAAGAAUCGAAAUCUGAGGUUACAGAACCGAAAACUAGAUGCGCAUUUGGAAAAGUAUAGAGAAAGGUUUGAAAAAUUAAAGGAAGGAGCCAAAAAGAGACAACAGGAUGCAUAA